UUGCCUAGUAAAAGAAGAGACAUUCAAACCAUGGAUUCUUCUGAUACACAGAGCAAAAAAGUAGCUAUAGUUGGGGGAGGAUUGGUGGGUUCUCUAAAUGCUUCUUUCUUUGCAAGAAGGGGAUUCCAAGUAGAAAUCUAUGAAGCAAGAUCAGAUAUCCGUACUUCGAGUGUAACUCGUGGCAGGAGCAUUAAUUUGGCCUUGUCUCACAGGGGACGGCAAGCUCUCAAGGCAGUUGGAAUGGAAGAUCAGAUUGUGUCUAAAGGCAUCCCCAUGAGGGGAAGGAGAAUUCACACAGUCUCAGGCAAAAGAUACUCAAUUUUUUAUGGAACAAAAAGCCAGUAUAUUCUCUCUAUAGAUAGAGCAAAUUUGAAUAAGGAGUUAUUAACUGCUGCUGAGAAAUAUCCCAAUGUUAAGUUAUACUUUGAGCACAAACUGCUUCGCUGCAAUGUAGAGUCAGGGCUACUGACCUUUUCUGGAUCAGACCAAAUGACUAAAGAGGUCACCUGUGACUUAAUUGUGGGCUGUGAUGGAGCCUUUUCCACAGUCAGGAAGCCGUUUAUGAGACAAACACGGUUCAAUUACAGCCAAAAGUAUAUUCCACACGGAUACCUGGAACUGAAAAUUCCUCCGAAAGAUGGAGAUUUUGCAAUGGAGCCCAACUAUCUUCACAUUUGGCCUAGGAACACAUUCAUGAUGAUUGCACUGCCAAACCUGGAUAAAUCAUUCACAUGCACACUCUUCAUGCCCUUUGAUGAUUUUGGAAAGCUUGCAACAGGAGAGCAAGUGCUGAAUUUCUUCAAAACCUAUUUUCCAGACUCAAUUCCUCUAAUAGGAAAGCAAGAACUGAUGCAAGAUUACUUUGUGCUACCAGCUCAGGCUAUGGUAUCUGUGAAAUGCUCAUCAUACCACAUUGGCUCUCAAUGCGUGCUAAUGGGAGAUGCUGCACAUGCAGUCGUACCUUUUUAUGGCCAAGGCAUGAACGCUGGAUUUGAAGACUGUCUAGUCUUUGAUGAACUGAUGGACCAGUUUCAAAAUGAUCUCUGUGUUUGCCUUCCAAUGUUUUCAAAUCUGAGAGUACCUGAUGAUCAUGCAAUUUCAGACUUAGCCAUGUAUAAUUAUAUAGAGAUGCGGGAACAUGUGAAUUCAAGGUGGUUCAUUUUCCGAAAGGACAUAGAUAAUUGGCUUCACUCCCUCCUGCCCUCUAUCAUCAUUCCUCUGUAUACUAUGGUGACAUUCUCCAGAAUCCGGUACCAUGAAGCAGUGCAAAGAUGGAAAUGGCAGAAUAAGGUGAUCAAUAGAGGCCUCUUCUUCACCAUGGUAGCAGCAGCAGUGACUGGCAUCUAUCUGUUCAGAAAUGGAAAAUUACCCAAAAUUGACUUCCACAUAGAGGACUUGUGGAGAUAGACUUAAAAAUGGUGGGAAACUUCCAGAAAUCAUUUGAGAUAGAAAUGAAUGCUUUCUGAAUAAUUAAUCUUUGCUUUAGAAGUUGUGUUGUCCAAAUGUUAUAAAAAUACAUAUGGUUUAGAUGAAUGCUGGAUCUAAGAUCUAAAUUCCUAUUCAUAUUGAACUGAGAGAUUCAUUGCUAUUUUGUUAUCAAGUUCUUGAGGAACUAGUGAACAUGCCAUAAGCCACUUCUAGAUAUGGAUGCUUCUUUUGCAUUUUACCAUUGCUUUUCUGUUUGUGGUUGCAACUGCAGUGAAUACCCCACACAACUCAUUCCUGUCCUGUGCUUUAUUUCCAAGAAAUUUACAGUAUCCCAACUACAUCAAUGAACACAUUUCGACACAAAGUGCUAGAACCUCUAUAAGCUUGUUCUGCCCACCUGUUCUUCCCAUAGGAUGAUCAUUAUGACAAUGUUUGGAGUUAUCUAAUUCAACUGUUUCUGCAUCUUUUAAAAACAUAACUUAAAAAUAUAUUAAAAUUUAAUAUAAUCCCUGUUUGCUGCUGUUGUUUAUUCGUUCAGUCACUUCCGACUCUUCAUGACUUCAUGGACCAGCCUCCACCAGAGCUUCCUGUUGGUCGACGCCACCCCGAGCAAUCCCAAGGUUUAAUCUGUCACCUCUAGAAUAUCACCCAUCCAUCUUGCCCUUGGUCGGCCCCUCUUCCUUUUGCCUUCCACUCUCCCUAGAUUCAGCAUCUUCUCCAAGGUAUCCUGUCUUCUCAUUAUGUGGCCAAAGUACUUCAGUUUUGCCUUUAAUAUUCCCUCAAGUGAGCAGUCUGGCUUUAUUUCCUGGAGGAUGGACUGGUUUGAUCUUCUUGCAGUCCAAGGCACUCUCAGAAUUUUCCACCAACACCACAGUUCCAAAGCAUCUCUCUUCCUUCACUCAGCCUUCCCUAUGGUCCAGCUCUCGCAGCCAUAUGUUACUACGGGGAACACUAUUGCUUUAACUAUGCGGACCUUUGUUGUCAGUGUGAUGUCUCUGCUCUUAACUAUUUUAUCGAGAUUUGUCUUUGCUCUUCUCCUAAGGAUUAAGCGUCUUCUGAUUUCCUGACUGCAGUCAGCAUCUGCAGUAAUCUUCGCACCUAGAAAUACAAAGUCUUUCACUGCUUCUACGUUUUCUCCCUCUAUUUGCCAGUUAUCAAUCAAGCUGGUUGCCAUAAUCUUGGUUUUUUUGUGGUUUAGCUGCAAGCCAGCUUUUGCACUUUCUUCUUUCACCUUCGUCAUAAGGCUCCUUAGUUCCUCCUCGCUUUCAGCCAUCAAAGUGGCAUCAUCUGCAUAUCUGAGAUAGUUAAUGUUUCUUCCAGCGAUUUUAACCCCAGCCUUGGAUUCCUCAACUCCAGCACGUUGCCUGAUGUGUUGUGCGUACAAGUUGAAUAGAUAGGGUGAGAGUAUGCAACCCUGCCGUACUCCUUUCCUAAUCUUAAACCAGUCCGUUGUUCCAUGGUCUGUUCUUACUGUUGCUACUUGGUCAUUAUACAGAUUCCUCAGGGAGCAGACAAGAUGGCUUGGUAUCCUCAUACUGCUAAGAACUUGCCACAAUUUGUUAUGGUCCACACAGUCAAAGGCUUUCGAUAGUCAAUAGAAGAGAAAUAGAUAUUUUUCUGAAACUCCCUGGCUUUUUCCAUUAUCCAGCGGGUAUUGGCAAUUUGGUCCCUAGUUCCUCUGCCUUUUCUAAACCCAGCUUGU